UUCAUUCCACAUCCACAAAAAUAUCAACAUGGGUUCCUCUUGUGCAAUACUACUGAAGCGGCAGCAGCUUUUCAUUGUGGCUGCAAUAUCUCUAGUCCUUGGCCUGAGUUGGCAUGUGGUAGAGGCUCAAAAUUGUGGUUGUGCUGCAGACCUCUGCUGCAGCCAAUACGGCUACUGCGGCACAAGUGACGAUUACUGUGGCACCGGAUGCCAAGCAGGGCCUUGCAUAACGGCCCCCCUCACUCCCGGUACCGGUGAUGUUCCGGUGGCGGAUAUUGUCACACCGGAGUUCUUCAAUGGUAUAAUCGAUCAAGCCGAUGCAAGCUGUGCUGGAAAGAACUUCUAUUCCCGGGCUUCUUUUCUCGAUGCUCUCAACUCUUAUGAUCAGUUUGGUAACAUUGGUACCCUUGAUGAUUCUAAACGAGAGAUUGCUGCCUUCUUUGCCCACGUUACCCAUGAGACUGGACACUUUUGCUACAUAGAAGAGAUAGACGGGGCAUCAAAAGACUACUGCGACGAGACUAACACGGAAUACCCAUGCAACCCGAACAAAGGUUAUUACGGCCGGGGACCAAUACAAUUAUCGUGGAACUUCAAUUAUGGUCCAGCCGGAAAGAGCAUUGGGUUCGAUGGAGUAAACUCGCCUGAAACUGUUGCCAAUGACCCACUCAUUGCUUUUAAGACUGCAUUAUGGUACUGGAUGAACAAUGUUCGACCGGUCAUCAACAAAGGUUUCGGGGCGACUAUCCGAGCCAUCAAUGGUGCGCUAGAAUGCGAUGGUGGAAACCCUACUACUGUACAGAAACGCGUCGACUAUUAUGUUGAUUAUUGUAACCAACUUGGUGUUGCCCCCGGUGAUAACCUUACUUGCUAGCUAAUUGAUGUGCUUGGGCAUUAUAUAUAACAUGAUACAUACUAAUAAACUGCUUCAAUAAUACGAUCUACGUAAUUGCAAUAU